AUGGCUGCUCCCUCCAGCUCCGGCCCGCGCGCGGUGCCGCCGGCAGACGCGUAUCAGCUGCUGCCAGAGUCGCAAAAGACAGGCCCGGCCGAAGAUGCGCUGUACGAGGCCCAGGUCAAGGAGAUUGAGGAGUGGUGGGCAUCGCCUCGCUUUGCCGGCAUUCGACGCCCGUACAGCGCCGCAGACGUCGCCUCCAAGCGCGGCAGCCAGUUCUUCAAGUAUCCGAGCUCUGUCAUGGCCACCAAGCUGUUCAACCUGAUCCGCGAGCGCGAAGCCAAGGGCGAGCCCCUCCAUACCAUGGGCGCCAUUGACCCCGUCCAGAUGACCCAGCAGGCGCCUCACCAAGAGGUCCUCUACAUCUCCGGCUGGGCCUGCUCAUCCGUCCUUACCAGCACCAACGAGGUUUCGCCUGACUUUGGCGACUACCCGUACAACACCGUCCCGAACCAGGUCCAGCGCCUGGCCAAAGCGCAGUCUAUGCAUGACCGCAAGCAGUGGGACAUGCGCCGCAAGAUGACGCCGGAACAACGGGCCAAGACGCCGUACAUUGACUAUCUCCGACCCAUCAUUGCCGACGGCGACACUGGCCACGGAGGUCUUUCGGCGGUGCUCAAGCUCGCCAAGCUGUUUGCUGAGAACGGUGCCGCAGCGGUGCACUUUGAGGACCAGCUUCACGGAGGCAAGAAGUGCGGCCACCUGGCGGGCAAGGUGCUGGUGCCCACGGGCGAGCACAUUAACCGUCUCAACGCCGCGCGCUUCCAGUGGGAUGUCAUGGGCUCGGAGAACCUCGUCAUUGCCCGUACCGACUCCGAGUCCGGCCGCCUCCUCUCGUCAGCCAUCGACGUCCGCGACCACGAGUUCAUCCUGGGCAUCGCCGACCCUUCCAUCGAGCCCCUGGCCGAAACGCUGCAGGCCAUGGAGGCCAAGGGAGCCACAGGCGCCGAGAUUGACGCCUUCGAGGCCAAGUGGGUGAAGAGCAGCCGGCUCGUGACGUUUGACGAAGCUGCCGUCGAGCACAUGCAGAAGGAGGGUGUCGCCCAGGCCAAGAUUGACGAGUACCUGUCGGCCACGGCCGCGGACCGCGACAUGGGCAUCUCCCGCCGCCGCGCGCUCGCCGCGCAGUACACCAAGACGCCCGUCUACUUUAACUGGGACGUGCCUCGCACGCGCGAGGGCUACUACCACUUCCGCGCCGGCAUGGAGGCGGCCACCAAGCGCGCGCUGGCCUUUGCCCCCUUUGCGGACCUGCUCUGGGUCGAGACGGGCGACCCCAACGUCGAGGUGGCCGCCAAGCUGGGCCGCACCGUACGGGCUGCCCACCCCGGUAAGGUGCUCGUGUACAACUUGUCGCCAUCGUUCAACUGGAUGGCGCACGGCUUCACGGACGAGACGCUCAAGUCUUUCAUCUGGGACAUUGCCAAGGAGGGCUUCACGCUGCAGCUCGUGUCGCUGGCGGGCCUGCACUCGACGGCCACCAUCACCAACGAGCUGGCCAAGAAGUUCAAGACGGACGGCAUGAAGGCGUACGUCGAGCUGGUGCAGAGGCGCGAGAAGGAGCUCGGGUGCGACGUGCUGACGCACCAGAAGUGGAGCGGAGCAAGCUACAUUGACGGCAUCCUGGGGGCUAUCCAGAGCGGCAGCUCGAGCAGCAAGAGUAUGGGAGAUGGUAACACGGAGGGGCAGUUUGACUGA